UCUUCGAGGGGCGGGAGAAGCGCGCUGAUCCCACGUGUGACGCUCGCGAUCCCUGUUCGGAAAUAUUCCUCGAGCUGUGGCUGCAGUGCGUGCGCGCGUGUACGCUUAUGUGUGGAGUUGGUCGGGCUGUGAGCUAUGGAAGCGGACGCGAGUCAAGUCACCUCCGGAAGCCCGAACGAUUCGCAACACGACCCGGGUAAAAUGUUUAUCGGUGGCCUCAGCUGGCAAACCUCACCAGACAGCCUUAGAGACUAUUUCAGCAAAUUCGGGGAUAUUAGAGAAUGUAUGGUGAUGCGUGACCCUACCACCAAACGCUCCAGAGGAUUUGGCUUCAUCACGUUUGCAGAUGUUUCCAGUGUAGAUAAAGUCUUAGCUCAACCACACCACGAAUUAGACUCCAAGACGAUUGAUCCUAAGGUCGCCUUUCCUCGACGUGCUCAACCCAAGAUGGUCACAAGAACAAAGAAAAUAUUUGUGGGCGGAUUAUCGGCGAGCACAGUUGUUGAAGAUGUGAAACAGUAUUUUGAACAGUUCGGAAAGGUAGAAGAUGCCAUGCUUAUGUUCGAUAAAACUACAAACAGACAUAGAGGCUUUGGCUUCGUAACGUUUGAGAAUGAAGACAUUGUAGAGAAAGUCUGUGAAAUUCAUUUUCAUGAAAUCAAUAAUAAAAUGGUAGAAUGUAAGAAGGCCCAGCCGAAGGAAGUGAUGUUUCCCCCCGGCACGAGGGGCAGGGCGAGAAGUCUUCCAUACACCAUGGACGCCUUCAUGCUGGGCAUGGGCAUGUUGAGUUAUCCAAACAUCGUGGCAACAUACGGUCGAGGAUACACAGGAUUUUCUCCGAGUUACAGUUAUCAGUUUCCAGGUUUUCCAGCGACGGCUUACGGACCCGUGGCGGCGGCGGCAGCUGUGGCGGCAGCGCGAGGCUCAGGGUUCCCCGACUACGGCUUUUAUUCUGGGCCCGGAGACCAGCGCGCCGCUCCCUGCUCCUUUGCCGACUAUGCCACCCUGGGGCCUCAUACGGGUCAGAUGCUUCAAAGCGAGCACGUCACCUCCACCUGCAACUCGCCCUCCCAGCACCACCCAAGCCCGGACCACUUUAAGAGCUCAGGUGCUAAUCCUCCUCGGCAGUUAGGUUUCCCCGGUGCCAACAGUCCGGGACCCGUGGCAGACCUGUACGGCCCCGGCAGUCAGGACUCAGCUGUGGGAAAUUACAUCAGCGCUGCAAGCCCACAACCGGCCUCCGGGUUCAAUCACAGUAUUGCGGGCCCUUUAAUUGCAACAGCAUUUACAAAUGGAUACCACUGAAAGCUCACUUGAGAUACGGCACCAUCUCAUUGGAGAUAUCAUCUGCAGGCUCUUGGACAGUUGCCGGAGACUCUGAUUGGCUCGUGUACAGUUGAUGUAAUAAGACUUCAAGCACUACAGGUUCUGAUUGGUGAAAGGACGAGGGGGGUGGAACCAAAUAAACGGGAAAAGAAAAACAUCUCAGAACACAUCACAACUGCUGUAACCAUAACCCCGCCCUCCUAUCACUGCAGGACUCCUCCCAUUUUUAUUUCUGUCUGCUUUUUUAAAUUUGGCUUUUAAUUGAGAUAGACUUUCUAUUGUUUAGCAUUGAUUACGUUUCAAGUUAGUUUUGGGCUUAAGUCAGAAGUUGUUUUUUAGUCACAGUUUUAGUGCCAGUUGAUGUGAGAAUCGAAAUUUAACGCUGUAGUUUUUGCACACACGUGGACAGACCCCACUUAAAGACACCACGCCGCGCCGUUCAAAAAGAAUACAACGUAAUCUUAGUAGCUGUUUUAAUUCUUGUGAAGUCUCAUUGUUGAUCAUAAUGACCUAUUUUUGGGCAAUACAGAGGGAGAGGACUCCAAUAUUUUUAUGGUCCUUUUUAUAUAUAUAUCUAUCUAUCUGUGUUGUUGUUGUCUUCUAGCAAGAAAAAAGUAUACUGUAACAUUUUUUUCAAAUUAAAAAAACAUUGUGGCUUGAGAUAUAAGAGAAAUUCAAAUGUAAAUAUACUUCACCGCAAAUAUUCAGUUUAGGCAUAUUUUUUCUGACGGUGUUUCAAACAAAUACACCGCAGGGUGCAAGAAACUGACAUUCUGGUGGCAAAACAUAAAUUUUCAACUACUUUAAACAAUCUGAAUCAUUUCACAGGUGUAAAACCAGCAUAUUCCCAUAAACUUUAGAUGAUUUGAUCUUCAUCUGUUUUCAUUUGGCGUGGAGUUUCAGAAAGAACAAAACUCCCAUCCAAAGCACACUUUGUGUAGUGAGCAACAAAAGGACUUGACAUUUUUCUGUGUUCUGCACAUUCUGACACUUUUAUACUCCUGAGAAGAAAAAAAUCUUACUAUGUUGUCUGUUGUUGUUAAUGUUGUCUAACAGAGGAAAUUCCUCUUGAUUUUGGAACUUAUUGUGGACUACGUGAACAAAGCGGUUUAUUGCUUUUUUUGGCUGAAGAAAGCGAGCAUUUUUAUGAAUCAUACCUCAGACCUGUGAGAUAUAAUUUAUUCGAAGAGCAAACGUGCAGAUGAAGUGUACAAAGAAAGCUUUGCACUGUGUACUAAAGAACGACGGUUUUCUCUUUGCACAUGCUAGCUGUCACGAGUGACCUUACGGAAAUUUGAUGUAUGAAAACUUGUUCAGUGAAUGUUGCUUUUAUUUUUCUGCCGCUGGCGUCCGGAAUGCAGGUUGAGAGGAGGCCAAACGAAAAGCAAUCUAUUACUGGUGUGCUCAGAUUUCAUUUCAAGGAUAUAGCCAACGUUUUAUCUUAAAUAUUGACGUAUUUUAAUAUACAGCCAGUUGAUGACAAAAAAAGUUGACCUGAAACCUGAGCUGCUGUUUUGAUUUCUUUAACGUUUAUUGCUGGUUUAGGUCAAACGCGUAUAUAAAAUGCAGAUUUUUAAUGUUAAUGAUCUUAUAUGUAUAUUCUGAUGUAAAUGUGUCUUUUUUCCUGCUGCGGAUGUAAACUGUUUUGUUUUAUGAAUUCUGUUUAUUUGGUGUAGUCUGGUGGUCAGAGGCGCACAUGUUAACACUGAAGCCUCUUAAAGAUCCAAUCACGUAAUAAUAUUUAAACAAACGGAAGGAACAGAAUGAGGGACGAAAAUUGUUGUAAUGUUCAAAUGUAAAAGAAAAAUGUAAUACAAAACAUUAAAAAAAGACAGAGAA